AUGGAACCCAGGCAGCCGGAGACUGUUGUGCUCAAACUGAAGCUGCUUGAGGAGUCAGUAUGGUUAUUCCGAAUUGAGUUGCUGCAAAUUUUUGUGCCACACUGCAUCUUCCUGCUCCCUUCCUCAAUCAUACAUGAAUACAGUUGCAAAAAAGGCGCAAAAGAAGAUUUGAAGUACUACUGGUGUUCAAUAAAAAUAUUUUCAUUGUUCAUUAGCACGAAACAAGUAACAGUGCUUCUCGGUGAACUGCAGUUGAAGGAGCAAGUUGGUUUCUGA